AUGGAAUGGUCGGAAGAUGGGAAAACAUUGAAACCUAUUUGCCUGCUACAGCUUUGCCGAAUUGGGGUGAUACUAUAUGACUGGUUAGACAUUGCCUGGUUGAAAAACUACUACAAUUUUGGGUUUGAUCAUUUCAACAUGUCAUGGAGAAAGAUUGGUGUAUGGGGUCUUGUUGAUUGCCUAUUGGGGGAAUGCAGGCUUAUCAUUCUUGUGCACGGACUAUUUAAAUUUUAUGACAAUUUGAUAUGUGUUGAUUUUACCAGCUUUGACAAAUAUUCUCUGGAGAAACUGAGGGAGGCAUCAGCUGCUGAAGCUGAGGCAGCUAGUGCUGUUUGGCAAUCUGUGCAAGCUAUAUCAACUGGUCCCGUUGAUGAAACAUCUGUGUCAGAUGACAACUCACAUGCUGCAGACACAGUUGCAGAUGGAAGUGACACAAAGGGAGAUGUUCACCUUCAUCCUAGAGCUGUUGUAGUUGCUAAAGAGGCUAUAGGUAACCUAGGUGGAAUGGUGAGACAAUUGUCACUCGAUCAAUUUGAAAAUGAAAGCAGACGCAUGCUUCCCAUAAACAGUGAUUCACCAUAUCCUACAAAAAAGUUCACCAGGCAGAAAUCCCCUCAGGGUUUACAUAAAAAGAUAAUUUCAAAUUUGCUCAGGCCUCGCAACUGGAAAGCGCCUGCAAAUAGGCGGUUCUUCUUGGAUUCUUAUGAAGUGGGUGAGCUUUGUUAUGCUGCUGAGCAAAUAUUUAUGCACGAACCAACUGUUCUUCAGCUGAAAGCUCCUGUCAAAGUAUUUGGUGAUCUUCAUGGUCAGUUUGGUGAUUUGAUGCGACUAUUUGAUGAAUAUGGAUUUCCUUCAACCGCAGGAGACAUCACAUUGAAUAUCCUGACAAUGUUCACUUGAUAUGUGGAAAUCAUGAAGCUGCUGACAUAAAUGCAUUAUUUGGUUUUCGUAUAGAGUGCAUUAAACGAAUGGGUGAAAAUGACGGCAUAUGGGCGUGGACAAGAUUCAAUCAACUUUUUAACCAUCUUCCACUCGCUGCACUUAUUGAAAAGAAAAUUAUAUGUAUGCAUGGUGGCAUUGGAAGAUCUAUCCAUUCAGUAGAACAGAUAAAGAAGAUUGAAAGGCCCAUAACAAUGGAUGCAAGAUCUAUUAUUUUAAUGGAUCUUUUAUGGAUGGUACAAAUGAGCAGUUAGGGAUUAUUCCUCGAGCUAUUGAAGAACUCUUUCGUCAAGCGUCAAUGGAUGCUUCAAUGGAUGCUAGACUGGAGAACACAUGAA